AAUCUUGGGCAAAACUAUCCAACAACCCAGUGAAACAUUUAUUUUGGAACCGGAACUUCUUUGUUUAUCUCACCGGAGUGGUACUCGCAGCCGACAUACACACACGUGGAUAGUGGAGCUCAGCUAAACAGGGAUUUUACAACUAUAUAUUCAGCUUCCAGAAACCGAGAUGAAAGGGAAGCAGCAGCAAAAGAAGAAGAAUAUGGCGGCGAACAUCAGUGAUGAUGAAGACUCUGACGUGGAGAGGAACUUCGCUCUGCUCACUAAGAGAGGAGGAACUGAGGAGGGAGAGUCUUUUCACCAAGGAGGGGAAGAUGAAGAGUCAAGUGAUGAUGAGGAGGAAGGAUCUGAUGGAGGGGCUGAAGAAGAGGAAGAUGAUGAUGAGGGAUCAGACGUUGCUGAGGAAGCGUCUGAAGGCGGUGAAGAAAAAGAGGAGGCAGCUGAGGGAGAGGAGGAGGAGGAUGGAGACAGUGAAGCCUCUGAUGAUGAGGAAGAUGAAGAUCCAGAGGAAGAUGGUGGUAGCAGUGAGAUCCAGACGAGAGAAGACAUUAAGAAAGAACUCUCCAACAUGUCCUUUGAAGACAUCAUAAAGCUGCAGAACAAAGUGGGAACCAAAGUUUACAACGAGGUGGCGUACGGCAGCGAGAAGACUCAAGGGCCUAGAAAAAAGAAACGCCUGAACAAGAACAGGCCGAUGGAGAUUUCAGCCAAGAGACGCGCUCCGUUCCUCCGUCAGGUCGUUGCCGCCAAGAAGCCGACGUUAAGGGAUCCUCGGUUUGACGACCUGUCUGGAGAAUACAAACCUGAGAUCUUUGUGCAGACGUAUAAAUUCAUAAAUGACAUCAAACAGAAAGAGAGAGAGAUCGUCAAGAAGCAGCUGAAGAAGACGAAGCCGACCAACAUCCAGAGGAAGGAGAAGCUGCAGUUCCUCCUGAAGAGGAUGGAUAACCAGGAGCGAGCGAGGAAGAAUCAGGAGGAGCAGAGAGAGAGAGAGCUGCAGUUCAAGAGGCUGCAGAGAGAGAGAGCGAGUCAGGGCGACAAGCCGUUCUUCCUCAAGAACUCUGAGAAGAAGAAGCUGCAGCUGGCCGAGAAAUACCAGGAGCUGAAGAAGACCGGCAAACUGGAGAACUUCCUGAGCAAGAAGAGGAAGAGGAACGCCGGGAAAGACCGCAGGAAGCUGCCCAGACAGCUGCAGAGCACAAGCUUUCAGUGACAGAAAAACCCCUGAAGAAGAAAUCGACGAGCGGCUGGACGGGAAUAAAAAAAGACAGUGAUGAAGCGUCUCGGCCUGCAGGUGGCGCUGUGGGUGUUUGUUCAUCAUGCGGAUGAAGGACUGGCUUCAUGUCUUGUCACAGACACACAUUUAUUCCACUGUCAAAGUAAGGUUUUCCUUUACUGGGAAAUGUGUUUGGUGUGUUCAAUGACUGUGGGACAUCUGAUUAUCAAACGUCUAAAGCAUUGUAAGUUUAACAUCAACCUUGAAAACCUUUUUUCUAGGACUUUCAACGGUGCCUCAUGUUUGUUUUUUUCUAAGUCUGUGCACAGUUGUCAUUGGGUAACAGUAAGAUGUGGAGCUUUGGUUGCAAAAUGUCCGUCUUUGUGGACUCCAUGAAUACACCACCAGUGUGAUCUUAUUCAAUGAGAGUUUUCAGUGUCUUCCAUGAGCGGUAGUUUAAGAACGUGUAACAUUGAUCAAAUAACUUAAAGUCAACUGACACGGAUUAUCUCUCCAAAGUAAUUCAAAUAAACUACAUUUCCAGGUUCCCAGCUGUUGGUGUGUUCACAGCUGUACAGAUGUCAUGUGAUCACUGGAAACAUUUGUUCCCCUCAGAAACUCUGAUUUAUGUUAAACUGUUUUAAUGUUUUUUAAUAAAACUUUAUAUGUA